GGAGAAGGCUGCGCGACUUAGCGUCAGCUUACUGCCUAACUAGGAAAUAUGCAGGGCAGCUCGCCUCUUUGCCACGCCACCAAUAAGCAUUAAUCACGUCAUUCAACUACCACCUCAAAGCCUUGUGCUUCGCAAUCGCGGAAUGUCAAUCCCACCUACGUCAGAAGCUCUUUCCGACAGUCAUCCACAGGCUCCUCACCCCAUAGAUCUUCUGCAUUGACAGAAACAUCUAGCAACGCUCCGGGGUUCUUGUAUUCGAGACGAUGGACUACAAAUACACCAGCAUCGACGACACGUCGAAAACGCGGCAAGGGCACUGGUGUUCAUCAUGGAGGAGAGAGAUCGUCUCAGCAAUCCUCAUAGCUAUUUUGUCGAGCGCGGCGACGUUCGGCAUCGCAUCGCUGCUAUCGGAUAGAGGCGUGCAAUCUCAACCCGUCAGCUGUGGAAAGACGUUCGAGGAAGCACACGCUCACGGCUGCAGGUUUGACGCCUUGACGCUCACCUGGCUGCGUCCAGAAUGUUCGCAGCACGGCAACGAAGAGUUCCUGGACGCUGCCGGCAAUGAGACGUGGCGAUAUUGGGAGAAGAGCACAAAUGGUUUGGUCGAACUCGGGCAUUACGAAUCGCUCGCCUACCUUGCGCCUGGCUCGCUCUACCUGGCAACCUACGACCAGUAUCUCACCCAUUGCAUGUGGAUACUGUUGCGAGUGCACCACGCGCUCGAAUACGGGCAGCGCCUGGACUUUCAGUCGAUAUCUUACGAGCACUCCAAGGACUGCCUGGGCUUGUUGUUGAAGGAGGCAAAACGGGGGGUCGGGGAGAACCUCACGCAGCUCAGCACGCAUGCCGUGGCCAACGAGAUAGACUAUGGCGUCUGCUAGAUCCAUCACUCUAUAUCGUCGGACCUGCUGGAAAGGUUUAGGCGUGAUGUUCAACUGCAAUUGUUCCACCUGAUGGGCGGAGGAAAGGUGGUAGAUCGAGGUCGUAGCACAAGGCGCUGGUGGAUCGCCAAUUCUCUGCGACGUGCUGAACAAGAUGAAGUGUGAUUUGUGAAGGGCCGAUAACGCGAGUUGACCAAUCAGAAGCGGGCAGCCGCUUUGAGCCUCAGGCGCCCACAAGUGCUCAAAACAAUCCGCG